AUGCCGUCGCUCAAGGAUCAAAUUGCCAUCGAACCCGCCGAUACUGACUGCUAUCGCUCUGCCGUCCCUCCUAUCUGCAUGGGCGAGCUGGCCGACUGGGCCUACGGCGGCAACAUUCUAGCUAUCGCAGUCAACGCCGCCUAUGCGACUGUCUCAGCAGACCAGCAUCUGUACUCCAUCAGUGGCUAUUUCGUGCGCCCGGCCAGGCCAUCCAAGACGCUCAUGUGCCGCCUCGAACGUAUCCGCGACACGCGAACCUUCCAAACAAGACACCUUCGCGUGUUCCAGUUGGAAGGAAAAACCGAACAACUUUGUCUGAUCGCUACGGCCGAUUUCCAUAUCGAUGAACCCAGAGAGAUGGUAAAUUAUUCUGUUAGCCCACAGCUCUCCGUCCCACCCUCUCCGGCGGCAGAAACGGCGACUGAGGAAACGCAAGAACCCGGACUAUACAAGACUCUCGACACAAUGAUGGAGCUCCAUCCGCACUAUGAAGACCGGGAUGCGACAGAUGUUUCAUCUAUAGUUUCAGCUGAGAGGUUCCGUAUUCAUGAGACUCUUUCCAGCGAGGCUGAUCGAAUCGCUGCCCUUGCAUUCUGUAUGGACCGCGGGCUUGCAUAUAUUCCAGCCAAUCAUUCCGGUUACAACUUAUCUCAGGCCAGUGCCUGUGCGACUCUCGACUUUGCACUGCGGCUCUUAACGCAUGAAAUCGAUUUACGGAAUUGGCAUGUUAGUGAGAGACAGACUUGUGGAGCUGGGAACGCUAGAGCGCUCAGCGAGGGGAGGGUCUUCAAUGGUGAUGGCCGGUUGCUGGCAAGUAUGACACAGAAGACGAUUUUAAGGCCGAAGCAGGGGAUGUCACGGAUUUAA